AUGUCUAAAAAUCCCGAAAUAAACGAGGCCCCGGAGGUCGUGGAGAUGGACGUCGUCAAGGACCAUAUGAACUACGACUUGGUUGAUCGGGAGGUCGCCGAGUACGCAAACGCAACGAUCGUGGAGGUUGACGAGGCGACCAGCCGUCGACUCAAAAGACUUAUUGAUAAGCGAGUGAUGUUGGUGAUGGUUAUCACGUACCUUGUUCAAACUCUGGACAAGGGUACCAUGUCCUAUGCAUCGAUCAUGGGAAUACAGAAUGACACCCACUUGGUGGGCCAGCAAGUCCUUUCCCCGCCCCUAGCCAAAUUUUUGAGACUGAUGAUGCUCUUACUUCACCUGACCAAAUUUCUAACUGUUGUGGUUUCUACAGUACUCCUGGUUAACCACAAUAUUGUACAUGGUCAUACUAGUGGUGGAAUUGCCGGUAAUAAUCCGCUCAUGCCUCGCAUCCAUCAGGUUCUUGCUCAUCUUACCUAUCAACAGGAAAACUAUAUCAUUCAGAGGGUCCCCAUUGCCAAGUGGCUCUCAGGGAAUAUCAUUCUAUGGGGUGUAGCCCUCGCACUCCAGGCAGCCAUGAAAAAUUUCGAAGGUCUUAUCGCCUUGCGCGCCUUUCUGGGUCUGUUUGAAGCCGCUAGCCAGCCGACAUUUACCCUCUUAUCUUCUAUGUGGUAUACUCGAGAAGAGCAGGGUGCUGCUGUUACCUUUUGGUUCAUGAUGAACGGGUUGAACCAGAUAUUAGGGGGUCUGUUAGCCUUUUGCUUUUCAUUCAUCCCUUCAACCUCUCCGAUCAGCUCUUGGCAAGCCUUGUUCAUGGCAUACGGUAUUUUUACUGUGUUAUGGGGCGCAUUUGUUGGAUGGUGGAUGCCUGACUCUCCGAUGAGGGCGCACUGCUUUACUGAGAAUGACAAAAAGCUCAUGGUGGAGCGGGUGCGUCGCAACAGAACCGGUCUGCAGAAUCGAAAGUUUCGUAAGAACCAACUAUUGGAGGUUUUCAGAGACCCUCAGGUCUAUGCUAUUGCCCUAAUCCAACUUCUCCUGACCAUUCCCUCCGGUGGCCUGGGUGCUUUCAAUAAUAUUAUUGUUAAGUCAUUCGGCUUCACUACUUGGCAAACGCAGCUUCUCCAGAUGGUUUCAGGUGCUGUUCAGCUAACCGCUAUGCUGGGCGCUGUCUGGAUCGAUAGGCGUUUUAAGCAAACCAUCCUCACUAUGAUGGCCUCGGUAGUUCCUACAAUCGCCGGAGUCGUCGUCCUUAUUACUGUUCCCUUUGCGCACAACAAGCGCGUCGGUCUCUUAUUCGCUUACUACAUCAUGAUAGCGUACUGGGGCUGCGCUGGCCUUGCUAUUUCUAUCGUGACCCGCAAUGUUGCUGGUCAAACAAAGAAGAGCGUUGUGAUUGCGUGCAACUUCAUUUUUUGGGCGGUGGGUAACUCAAUUGGUCCGCAGACCUUCCGCUCAAAAGAUGCACCACGCUAUUUCCCUGCCCUAGCGACAGUUCUAGUGUGCUUCGUCUUAUUAGAAGUCGUUCUUUUGGCUUUACGCACAUGGUAUAUUAGCCAGAAUAAGAGGCGCGAUCGGAAGGUUGAACAUGGGGAGGUGGCCGCAGACACAGAUUUUACCCAUUCUUUUGAGGACAUCACAGAUCGCGAAAAUCCGAACUUUCGCUAUGUUUACUAA